CCUAUAUCUCUACCAUCUCAUCGCACACUACCCGCCAUUCUUAUCUGACACAACGUUUGUUAACAUAUUUGUUCUCUCUCUUGUAUUCUCUCUAUUAAAGACGCCAUUGUUGUUCGUCAUCGAAGCUCUGAUUACAAAUUAAAGGUUUCGAGAAACGCGAGCAAACUUUUGGUGCAAUCUCUCGGUGUCGGAGGUAAGGAAAGAUCUUGUGAUUGAGUUCCAAUGGCCACAGAUCAGUACUUUGAAGAUACUGCUGCUCAUGAUGAGUUUAACAUAGACGAGAAAUCCACCCCCGGGAAAUGGACGCCAGCCUCAAAUGAUAGUCCCUCUGGUGGUUUUGAUUGCAACAUCUGUCUAGACUCUGUGCAAGACCCAGUGGUUACACUCUGUGGUCACCUCUACUGCUGGCCCUGCAUCUACAAGUGGCUUAAUUGCCAGUGUGUUUCUUCUGAAAACCAAUAUCAGCAACAGCAGCAAUGUCCUGUUUGUAAAGCUGAAGUUUCUCACACAACUCUAGUCCCACUUUAUGGGUGGCGCCAAACAAGUAAACCAUCCAAAGGCAAAGCACCCCAACUUGGCAUAAUGAUACCGGAGAGACCUCUUGGUCCUGCAUGUCGGGUGGACUCACCGAGAUCACCCAUUUCCAGGGGUAACCCACCUCCUACUCAGCAACUCAAUGGUGGCCACCCAGCUUCAAGAAUGCUUGGCCCAGAUGGCAUGGAAACGAAUAUGUUCAGUUCAGUGAUUGGACCUUAUGGGGAGACUUUAUAUGCAAGGGUGUUUGGCAACACCAUCACUAACAUAUAUACUUAUCCGAACUCUUAUCAUCUUGCGGGAAUCAGCAGCCCAAGAGUUAGGAGGCAUGUAAUGCAGGCUGAUAAAUCGCUUGACAGGGUCUCUUUCUUCUUGUUGUGCUGUCUAUUUAUAUGUCUCCUCUUGUUCUAACUUGAUAUUCUGUACCUUUUGGCACAAUAUAUUCUUAUAAAAAUAUGAGUAGCAUACCAUAGGUUUUAGAAGUUUUAGAAACGUCGAAUCUCUGUAAAUGCCAUUUAUGUAAGUAUCUUUCCAGAGUUCAUCUUGA